AUGAAGAGAUAUUUCUCUACGAUAUCGUCCAAGUUGCCACAACCAAGUUCAUUCGCUCUAAAUAUUUCUCGUGUGGAAGAAAACUUGAACCAGUUAGAAGAAAAUCAUCAUUCUGCAAAAAGACAAAAGCAAGGAGUCGAUUUGGAUUCUCUACUAGCAGAUCCAAAGAAAAGAAUAUCCAUUCUGGACUAUCAUCCAGAUGAACGUGAUGAGAUUAGACGAGCAUAUAUCCAAAGGCGUCCUCAUCAGCUUCAACUUCCUAUGUUUUCUCAAACAGAUUUUUACGGAUAUAAAUAUGAAAGCAUUCAUCAAGGUGGAGGCGAAACAUUUUCAAGUAUAGGGUUCAAGAGUUGGCACAAAAAGAAAAGAUUAGAUAAGCACGUUGGUGAGUUGAACAGUGAUCACAAUGAGGCAAAUAUGAAGUGUGAACAUCUAAUGCGACAAGAACAGUCAAUUCAAGUUGCGUUUGUAAAGCCGUAUAAUAAAACUAAGCUUGAGCACAUAAUUCGUUUAAAGGCUUCAAUUGAGGUGGUGAGACUCCUUUUGAAUCAAGGAUUGGCAUUUCGGGGACAGCGUGAAGAUGAAUCAUCAAUAAACAAAGGGUAUCUAAAAAAAUGUUUUCAAGUUAAAGAACUCGUAUUGUUGGUUUCUAAUGUCUUAAAUGUAGUGAGAUGUUCUUUUAAACGCAUGGAUGAACUUCGAAAAUCUCAAGCAGAAAAAGUACAAGAAGCACUAGAUAUGGGCGUGGUUGAAACUGGUAAGGGCUUGAAUCAAGAACUUGAUCUUGCUAGGGCUGCCAAUACUUGUUGGGGUUCACACUACAAAUCUUUUAAAAAAUUCAUUAGCAUGUUUGUCUCUAUUACUGAUGUUCUUGAUACUAUUGUUGUUGAUUCUGAAUGUGAAUAUAGAGCUAAGGCACCAGGAUUUCUCAGGGUUUGUCAAACAUUUGAGAUUGCUUUCAUAUUGCACUUAAUGAGAGAUAUUUUGGAGAUCACAAAUGAACUUAAUGAAUCAUUAUAA